AUGCCCGGACACGGCCUCCUGUUCUUCAUCCCCGGCAACCCAGGGCUCGUCGACUACUACACCGACUUCUUCGACGCGCUCAAGGCCCGCAUCGGCUGGGCCGACGGCCACAUCCACGUCCACGGCCGCGAUCUCUUUGGCUUCCGCGACGACAGCCACAAGCCCUUCACCAAGGACAACCCGCCCUACGACGUCGAGCGCCAGAUCGAGCUCGUCUUCGACCACCUGGCGUCUCUGAGGCGGACCGACUCGUCGCGGAACGCGCCCGGCAAGAAGGGCGAGCCGUAUGACUUCGUCGUGCUGGCGGGCCACUCGGUGGGCAGCUACAUCGCCCUCGAGAUCUUUCACCGCCACAUCAAGGACCCGUCGCGCGCACCUCACCUCAGGCUGCAGGCCGGCAUGCUCCUCUUUCCAACCGUCACGCACAUGGCCCAGUCGCCGAGCGGGAAGCGACUGGAGCUCAUCCGCACCACGCCGUUUCUCGACAACACGGCGCACGUCAUCGCCCAGCGGUUUCUGGACCUGUGUCCGGCGGGGGCGCUCCGCUGGUUCGUCGGCGCCGUACUCGGGUUCGGUGCCAAGGCCGCCGACGUCACGACCAGGUUCCUCAAGAGCAGGGACGGCGUGUGGCAGGCCAUCCACAUGGGCAAAGAUGAGAUGAAGGUCAUCACCGAGGAAAAGUGGGACAAGGAGCUCUGGGAGGUCGAAGAGGAAGACGUGGCGGCCGGCAGUAGCAGCGGUAGGAGGGCGGCCGCGGCCGCCGCGCCGAGGUUCUUUUUCUUCUUCGGCAAAAAGGACCACUGGGUUGGCGACCAUUUCAGGGAUCAUUUCAUCAGAGCCCGAGAGAAGCACAUCGAGAACGGAUGGGCACGUGUCGAGAUUGACGACAUCGGGCUUCCCCACGCCUUCUGCACAACCGAGAAGAACAGCGAAGUCAUUGCCGGCAAGGUGGCGGACUGGCUCAAGGAGGUUUGGGACGCCAUGGCACAGUCAGCGGCACCAUCAUGA